GGACCCCCGAUGGUUCGGAACGAAAGCAGCAGCAAACCAGCACGGGCGACACGCCCAGCAAAACAAGCCGGCCAAAUCCCCAGAGACAGCCGCCGCCCGGCGCCCGCGGCCUUGCCGCCACGCCCCGCUCCUGCCUCCUGCGGUCGUCUUCCUCCGGCUAAUAUAUAGUAGUAUUCAGAUCCGAGCGGAGCACGCCCGUGCUGCAGCUUCCCUCGUCGGCGUCCAGGCACCAUGGAUUGGGCUGCUCCGGCAUUGACGAGCUUCGUCGCCGACUCGUCCUACCGCCACCUCUGCUGCUACGGCGCCGGAAUCGCAGGGAACGUCUUCGCCUUCGUGCUCUUCAUCUCCCCACUUCCCACAUUCAAGAGGAUCGUCCGCAACGGGUCCACGGAGCAGUUCUCGGCCAUGCCGUACAUCUACUCGCUGCUCAACUGCCUCAUCUGCAUGUGGUACGGCCUCCCCUUCGUCUCCUACGGCGUCGUCCUCGUCGCCACCGUCAACUCCAUCGGCGCCGUCUUCCAGCUCGCCUACACCGCCGUCUUCAUCGCCUUCGCCGACGCCAAGCAGAGGCUCAAGGUCUCUGCUCUCCUGGCUGCCGUCUUUGUGGUGUUCGGACUGAUUGUGUUUGUUAGUUUGGCCUUGUUGGAUCACCCAACCCGGCAGAUGUUCGUCGGAUAUCUCAGCGUCGCAUCCCUCAUAUUCAUGUUCGCGUCCCCCUUGUCAAUCAUCAAUCUGGUCAUCAGGACGAAGAGCGUGGAAUAUAUGCCCUUCUACUUGUCAUUAUCUAUGUUUCUGAUGAGUGCAUCCUUCUUCGGAUACGGAGUGCUGCUGAAUGAUUUCUUCAUAUAUAUUCCAAAUGGUAUUGGAACCAUACUGGGUAUCAUACAGUUGGUGCUGUAUGCCUAUUUCAGAAAAGGAUCAAGCGAGGAAGCCAAGCUGCCAUUACUAGUCACACAUACAUGAUCAUGCCAAAAGAAACAAGGUUCGCUGAUGGACUUUGUCGAAAUCCUUUUUGGGUGCGUAUUUCUGCUGUAUGCUAGGAAAAACUUGACUUAUCACUGUCAAUGAUCAAUGGCGACCUAUCCCAUUCACAAAGUCCUUGUCCGAAUUGUUUUGCUCCUGUGAAAAACAUGCUGUUCUUUCGUUUUAUUUACACGCAACGGGGAUCAUAGUUUCGCUGUAUAUUCCAUGGUAGAUGCUGCAAAUUGUUGGAGUCAUUCGUUUAUUAUGAGUGAGUGAGUGAGUGAAGUUUUGUAUUUUGUAUAUUAUAGUAUAGUAGUGUUGUUGCGUGGACUUCAUCAACGGAUGGGGCCGCCUGUAUACACAAAGAAAAGCAAUAAAAGGAUAUUAUUAUUAUUUAUCAAUAAAAUAAAAUUUGUUCGGUCAUC